GCAGCCCAUCACCCCAGAUCUGCUGAUGACCCCCAGCGACCAGGGCGACGUCGACCUGGACGUGGACUUUGCCGUCGACCGGGGGACCUGGACGGGCAAGCUGGACUUCCUGCUGUCCUGCAUCGGCUACUGCGUGGGCCUGGGCAAUGUCUGGCGCUUCCCCUACCGAGCCUAUACCAACGGAGGGGGUGCCUUCCUGGUGCCCUACUUCCUCAUGCUGGCCAUCUGUGGCAUUCCCCUCUUCUUCCUGGAGCUCUCCCUGGGCCAGUUCUCCAGCCUGGGGCCGCUGGCCGUCUGGAAAAUCAGCCCUCUCUUCAAAGGUGCCGGCGCGGCCAUGCUGCUCAUCGUGGGCCUGGUGGCCAUCUACUACAACAUGAUCAUCGCCUACGUGCUCUUCUACCUCUUCGCCUCCCUCACCAGCAGCCUGCCCUGGGAGCACUGCGGCCACACGUGGAACACGGGCCUCUGCCGGGAGCACCGCGGUUCCCACGACGGCAAUGGGGCCCUGCCCCUCAACCUCAGCGGCACCGUCAGCCCCAGCGAGGAGUACUGGAGCCGCCACGUCCUCCACAUCCAAGGCAGCCGUGGCAUCGGCAGCCCCGGGGAGAUCCGCUGGAACCUCUGCCUCUGCCUCCUGCUGGCCUGGGCCAUCGUCUUCCUCUGCAUCCUCAAGGGCGUGAAGUCCUCAGGCAAGGUGGUGUACUUCACAGCCACGUUCCCCUACCUCAUCCUGCUCAUGCUGCUGGUCCGCGGAGUCACGCUCCCAGGGGCCUGGAGGGGCGUCCAGUUCUAUCUCACCCCUCAGUUCCACCACCUGCUGUCUUCCAAGGUGUGGAUCGAAGCCGCCCUUCAGAUCUUUUACUCCCUGGGUGUGGGCUUCGGGGGUCUCCUCACCUUUGCCUCCUACAACACGUUUCACCAGAACAUCUACAGAGACACCUUCAUUGUCACCCUGGGCAACGCCAUCACCAGCAUCCUGGCAGGCUUCGCCAUCUUCUCCGUGCUGGGCUACAUGUCUCAGGAGCUGGGCGUGCCUGUGGACCAAGUAGCCAAAGCAGGCCCCGGCCUGGCCUUCGUUGUCUACCCACAGGCCAUGACCAUGCUGCCCCUGUCACCCUUCUGGUCCUUCCUCUUCUUCUUUAUGCUCCUGACUCUGGGCUUGGACAGCCAGUUCGCCUUUCUGGAGACCAUCGUGACAGCUGUGACGGAUGAGUUCCCGUACUCCCUGCGGCCCAAGAAAGCGGUGUUCUCCGGGCUAGUCUGCUUGGCCAUGUACCUCAUGGGGCUGAUCCUCACCACUGAAGGGGGCAUGUACUGGCUGGUCCUUCUGGAUGACUACAGUGCCAGCUUCGGGCUUAUGGUGGUGGUGAUCACCACGUGCCUCGCCGUGACGCGGGUGUACGGCAUCCAGCGCUUCUGCCGGGACAUCCACAUGAUGCUGGGCUUCAAGCCGGGCCUCUACUUCAGGGCCUGCUGGUUGUUCCUGUCUCCAGCCACACUCCUGGCCCUGCUGGUGUACAGCAUCGUCAAGUACCAGCCCUCAGAGUACGGCAACUACCGCUUUCCGCCCUGGGCCGAGCUGCUGGGCAUCUUCAUGGGCUUGCUGUCCUGCCUCCUGAUCCCAGCCGGUAUGCUGGUGGCCGUGCUACGGGAAGAAGGCUCGCUCUGGGAGCGUCUCCAGCAGGCCAGCCGACCAGCCAUGGACUGGGGCCCGUCGCUGGAGGAGAACCGGACGGGCAUGUACGUGGCCACGCUGGCGGGCAGCCAGUCGCCCAAGCCGCUGAUGGUACAUAUGCGCAAGUACGGGGGCAUCACCAGCUUCGAGAACACGGCCGUGGAGGUGGACCGCGAGAUCGCAGAGGAGGAGGAGUCCGUGAUGUGAGGCCGAGGCCCGCCCCCGGGAGCCCUGCCCGGCCCCAGCCCCUCUGUAGGGCCUGCAAGGGCAGCCGUGCCCUCUGGGCCUCUGAGAGGCUGUGGAAGGUGGCCAUGGCGAUGAGGGCCCCGGGUACAAGCCCCUCCUAUGGUCUCUGACCUGCCUGGAGUCUCUGGUAACUCCCUCCACACACACA